ACUUUGGCUACACGACAAGACCAAUAAAUCCUUCGUUUUCUCCAGCUACCUACAACUCACGACACUGCGCUGCAUCAGUUUCAGAUAGCCCGCCCAAACACAUCCUUAACUCAAAUUUCAAAAUCAACGUACAGGGUUUUGGCUUCCUCCUCUUCUCUCUCACACUUCCACUGUCUCUAAUCCUUAAUACCCCGAGAACCUCAAGGAUCUCACAUUGGUCGUACACACAGAACACAAGCCCUAGAAACCUCAUCGGAGUUCUCGAUCCAAUGGCCAAAUCUGACUCCUCCCCUUCUCCGCCUCAAGCCGAGCCACUCUCCUUAAAGAAGGAGAACAUUACUCCGAUCGGCUCAAAGAUCGCGGAAUUGAGUGAAUCGAGGGCUGAGCUGCUUAAUAGAAUUCAAGGGUUGAAACAGGAUUUGCAAAAUUGGAGAUCAAAGGUAGACACCCAAUUUAAGGUCUUUCGCGAUGAGCUUUCAGAACAAAAGAAAUCACUGAACGUCGAAGUGGAUCAACUUCGAUCGGAAUUUAAAGAACUGAGGACCACUCUCCAGCAGCAACAAGAGGAUGUCACUUCUAGCCUAAGAAACUUGGGGCUGCAGGAUCUCUCAGGUGAUGCUAAAGGCUCCCAGGCUCAGGAUCCCAAGGUUGAAGGAAAUGACAAGGAAGAACAAGUUUUGCCCAAGGAGGCUAAUAAUGAUAUAGAAAGUGAAAACUAAAUGGGUUUACACUGGAGUGUGCAUGACUUUAUAGGUUAUGCCCCAAAAAGGAGAUGAUCAGAGCAUUCUUCCAUGAAUUUGUACCACUGGUGCUUUGUCUUGUUUUUAACCUAGUUACAACAACCAACUCUUCUCUAAAUCAAUUAUUGUGGAAUCUUGUCUGCUUGUAGAAUUUGGAAUUCCAUUCUAUGUAACGUAGCUUCCAAUUGCUUUCGUCUUGUGGAUGCUCGGUUUGGAUUCAAACUAAGAUGAAGUUUUUCUUGAAUUCUUACAAGUUUCUUAAGCAAUCUGGGUGCAGUAAGCCUGCACCUGCCUGCUCCCAGUGUAGUUCAUUCCCAUUUAAUCCAUAUUUAUUACUUGUGUUAA